AUGUCAUCAAGCGCUGCUGAGAUAGCAGACUUCCAGCCAUCGCGGCGCUUUUACGUUGCGUUCGGAAGUCUCUGUGUGGUGAUCCUUGCGGCCGCCUUGGAUGCAACUUCUUUGUCUACAGCCCUCCCCAUCAUCUCUCACAGUAUCCAUGGCUCUGCAAUCGAAGCCUUCUGGGCUGGAACAUCAUUCUUGCUCACCAGCACCGUCUGCCAGUUGACAUUCGGGUCUUUAUCGCAGUCGUUCGGCCGCAAAGACUUAAUCUUGCUCUCCUUGAUCCUUUUCACGAUCGGCUCCAUUGUUGCGGCUGUUGCAAAAGACUUCACAACGCUUCUGAUCGGGCGCAGUGUCCAGGGCGCCGGCGGAGGAGGCAUUAUCAGCUUGACAGAAGUGGUUAUUACCGAUCUUGUGCCCCUCCGCCAUCGAGGAACAUGGUUUGGAUAUCAGAGUGCUGUGUGGGCUAUCGGAAGUGUCAAUGGCCCCGUCAUUGGCGGUGCACUCGCUGAAGCGGCUUCAUGGCGAUGGAUUUUCUGGAUCAAUCUGCCCAUUUGUGCCGUCGGAUUCGUGAUGACCGUUUGGUUUCUCCAAUUGAAGCGAGUGCCAGGAGGGUUCGUGUCUAAGCUCGUUCACUUCGACUGGGUUGGAGCUUCCUUCCUUACGGCUUCUUCUACGGCGCUUUUGGUUGCUAUCUCCCGGGGAAAUGUCAUGUACCCUUGGUCAUCAUGGCAUACGAUUGUCCCUUUAGUCCUCGGCGUGCUAGGUCUUGUUGGUUUUGUGGCUUACGAAGCGACGAUCGCAAAGGAUCCGAUUAUUCGACUCGCCAUCUUCCGUCAUCGAACGGCCCUGGUCAGCUACCUAGGUACCUGCAUACACGGCAUUCUUCUCUGGUGCCUUCUUUACUACCUUCCUCUUUACUACGAGUGCGUGAAAGGCUACAACGCAAUUGUCGCCGGAGUGGGUGUCUUCCCGAAACAUUCACUGUGGCUCCAGCGUCGAUUGUGUAGCCUCGGAUACGCCAUCCAGACGGCUGCCGAGGAGAAAGACGUCGCGUACGCAGCCUCAAUGUAUACGUUCUCUCGGUCCUUUGGACAGAGCAUUGGCGUUGCUAUUGGGGGUGCCAUAUUUCAAGCCCAGUUCGCAAUCAAGCUGAAGGCAUAUCCGCUCCUGGCAUCAGAUGCUGAUCAGCUCUCAAAGGAUGCAAGUUCCUUGGUGGAGACUGUGAAGGCCAUGGACCCUCGUUCAUUGGAAAAGACCAUGAUAAUCGAGGCGUAUGCCGACAGCCUCAAAGUGGUCUGGGCGACCAUGGCUGGCCUAGCCUUCCUUGGACUGUUGACCAGCGUCUUCACGGAGGAAUUGACUGUCGACCGAGCACAGGAGUCACAACAGCAGCUUCAAGAGAAGAAGCCCUUGGCAAACGAAGAAAUGCUGAUUUAA